CUCGAUUUGACUGGCCUUUUCUUUUGUUUUUUCUUUCCACUUUGUUAUUGUAUUUUUUUUAUAAUACUUCUUCUUUCUUUACUCUCAUUCUUUUGUGAGUCUGUGAUUUUGAUCGAGAUGAACGAUUUGCUCACGGAUUCAUUUGUUAGCAAUGCCAAAGUCGAGUCUUCUAGAGAAAUUGAUCUCGAGAAGGGAACUCGAGUUCUGCGAAGCAAUUCUGACAUGGGAAUGGAGGCCUUCAAUAAGCAGAUACAAGACGUCGAGGUUCAAGUAGAUAAGCUCGCUGGGCUUCUUAUUAAACUGAAGGAAGCUAAUGAAGAAUCGAAGUCUGUUACAAAAGCAUCAGAGAUGAAAGCUAUCAAAAAGCGAAUGGAAAAGGAUAUUGAUGAAGUGGGAAAAAUAGCGCGCAAUGUCAAGGGGAAGCUGGAGGCUGUAAAUAAAGAUAACUUGACCAAUAGGCAGAGGCCUGGGUUCGAGAAGGGAACGGCCAUUGACCGAGCAAGAAUGAACGUGACAAAUGCGUUGACAAAAAAGUUCAAGGAUCUGAUGAUAGAAUUUCAGACUCUUCGUCAAAGAAUUCAAGCUGAGUACCGUGAAGUCGUGGAAAGACGAGUGAUUACAGUUACGGGUACCAGACCAGAUGAGACGACUAUUGAUCACCUAAUAGAAACUGGAAACAGUGAGCAAAUAUUCAAGAAUGCAUUUGAACAAAUGGGACGAGGACAGGUUAUCAGUACUGUGGAAGAAAUUCAAGAGCGACAUGAUGCAGUUAAAGAGAUCGAGAAAAAGCUCUCGGAAUUGCAUCAGAUUUACCUUGACAUGGCAGUUUUAGUGGAAGCCCAGAGUGAAAUUUUGGAUAACAUAGAAAAUCAGGUAACGAACGCAGUCGAUCACGUUCGAACGGGAACGGAUGCACUCCAAACCGCAAAGAGCUUACAGAAGAGAUCAAGAAAAUGCAUGAUGAUUGGCAUCAUAUUGCUGCUGGUUAUUGCAAUUAUAAUCAUCCUCUCAGUGCUGAAGCCAUGGAAGAAGUAAGCGAUGGAAAUGAUAUACCAAAAUGUGGACUCAGUUUCACAUUUUCCAUUGCUUACUAGAGUGUCCCUUCGUUGUAGAAAUCGUCAUCUCCUUCAAUUACAAAUUUUAUUUUGUUUUAUCUCAGAAUACAUAGAAGGCUUUUGUUUUAUUUUUAAAAAAAUUACCAUCUCCUUGGUAGAGAAUUUAAUAACAGAAAUUUGAAAAUAACAAAUUUAAUGAAAGAAAAUUGUAUUUUGUAUUUUUUAGAUACGCCUUUGGAGCAUAUUAAAAUGUUAAGUUCUAAUUUAAACAA